UACGUCAGAGCGACGCGUCUGAGGGACCGCCCCAACAUGGCGACCAAAUAACGAGGCGAGCAGCCAGUUGUACAAAACAGACAGAAGCGACGUGAUAAUGGAUAGUUGGAAUUUAGAAUUAAGUUCCAGUGACGACGAGGCGCCCGAGGAGGUCACUUUUGAGGACUCCAAGGCCCAGGCGCUGCGGAGCGUGAGUCAGGCCCUGGAAAGUGCCAGAAGGGAGAAGGAGCUGCUGAAGGAGAAGAGGAAGAAGAGGCAAGAACUGUUCCAGGAGCAGAAGAAGAGAAAACCUCUUUCUGACACACUUCUGGAGGAAAUCGACUCGUCCCAAAGGCAGAGCCAACAAGAAGCUGAAGCGACUCUUCAAGAUGAAGAUGAAACGGAAGAGACAAAGAAGCAAAAACGGAAACAUUCCAAAAAGCUGAUGGGGAACUACAAAGUAACGACGGUAAAGCCUCAAGCGCUGCCGUCUUUUCGGCAGAAAGCUGCCGAGGAUUUUCUCCACUUGCGGUAUUACAGCCUGGGAAGUCGUCGAGGCACAAGUAACGAGCAGCUGUCCCUUCAAAAUAAGACCGCAAAGAGGAAAGGAGCUGCUUUUUCCUUUGUCAACAGCCAAUGGGCUCCUGAGAAAAAAAGCAAGGCGGAGAAGCUGAAGCGGCGCUGGAUUCAAAAGCGGGUUCCCUCCAGCUGAUUGGAUGUCCGCAACAAGUACAUGCACCCUUGCCGUGACGAUACGCCAAGCACUGUGCCCAAUCGAGUCAAUCCAGAGACUAUUUUCUGUUUGCCUGUAGGGAAGAGAGUUCUUUUGGGUGGUGCCACAGCAAUGUGGCAGCUCAAGUUCUGCCCAUGUAUCAUGGGUUCAAGUGGCGGAUGGCUAGGCAUUGCGGGCAAUCUGUUACGCGAUCGUCAGGCAACCUUUUAGUUAUGGAAUUAAAAUUGUUUUUCUGCCA